GCCGGCUAGCCAUCACUUUCAUCAUGUCAUGACAUGAUCUUAGUCUACAAAGUAAUAAAUGAAUUCGAAACUCAAAUCCAUUUAGUUAAUUGAUUUUCUAUCGAGAGCUCCAGUGAAUUUCGCACACAAGAUGCCGCAUCCAACAGCUUUUCCCAGCGCUCUAAGGAGCAUACGCAUCUCUCAACGGCCGAUAUGUGACUUUCUCGUACCGGCCCUCUUCUCCAACACCAGCAGCAGCAGUAGCCCUCGAUGGCUGUCAACGAGCACCCGGUUGGCUGCAACUACAACCACCCCGCCAUCGCAGCCGACCGACUCCAAGCCCAAGCGGAAGCCAUUAACAAAGGAGCAGCGUGACUUUCUCUCCUCUGCUCUCCGCGUAAACCAAGCCGGCGAGCUCGCCGCCGUGCGCAUCUACGCCGCGCAGACCCCCGUCGUCGUGACGCGCCACCCGCACCUCCGCCCGCUAAUGGCGCACAUGCGCGAGCAAGAGGAAGGGCACCUGCGGACGUUCAACUCGAUGAUCGCGGCGCGGCGGGUGCGCCCGACAGUCAUGUACCCGGUCUGGUCCGCGGCGGCGACGACGCUGGGCUGGGCGACGGCCAUGAUGGGCCGCGAGGCCGCCAUGGCGUGCACCGAGGCAGUUGAGACCGAGAUUGGCGACCACUAUAACGGGCAGAUCCGUUCGCUGCUCGAGAUGGUGACCGGCUGGGAGAGGGACGGCUACGAGGUCGGGGAUGAGUUUAGGGACCUCAUUUCUACCCUUAGGCGCAUCAGGGAUGAAGAGCUCGAGCAUCUGGACCACGCCGUCGAGCACGAUGCCAAGCAGGCCGAGCCGCAUUGGUUGCUGACGGGUGUGAUUCGGUACGGCUGCCGUGGGGCAAUUUGGGUAAGUGAGCGAGUGUGAAGUGGGUGUAUUUUGUACUUAUACGGCAGUAGUCUUGUAUUAUUAUAAAGCUAGCACCUGAUAGCUGCAUAAAAGCCUCA